AUGCAAGACAAUGCCCCCUUCCAUGCCAGCAAGUUUGCCAAGAACUACCUCGAGAAGAAAGGAUUUACCGGCAGAAAGCUCAUGAAUUGGCCUCCCAAUUCGCCGGAUAUAAACCCGAUUGAACGGCAUUGGAGCAUCUUGAAGAAGAAGUUGUACUCUGAGGGGAGGCAGUUUAACGACCUCGAGUCUCUGUGGAGGGGUAUCCAGGAAGCUGCAAAGGCUAUUUCCUCGGAUGAGGUCCUUGCACUCAUGAGAUCUGUUGAUGACCGACUCACACGUGUUCUGGCAUGCAAAGGUGGUCAUAUUUCGCCAUGA